ACGCUAAGCCAGCAAGGAUUUAUACGAUACCACAUGUUCUCUGGAACGACGUGGGAUGGAAAUACGCCCAGAUUCCCACCUUGCGGAGCCGUCUGAUAGCGCUUAUGCAAAUCGAUGGUUCUUCCUACGAAAGCCGAAUGGCAAGAUCCGAUGGAUCCAGAACCUUCAGAAGGUCAACGUGGUGACGAUACGAGACGUGGGCUCCGUGCCACACGCCGAUUUACUGGCAGAAGGCGCAGCAGAGCACUGUGAUGACAGACGACGAGGCUGGUUGGAUCAGGAACCGUUCGCGUGCAUUUGCCGGAGAUCCCUUGAAUGCAGCCAACCGUUCCCUGAUCCAUCCAACCUUAUCAUUUGUAGAUUUGAAAGCUGCGUCGUCGUGGAAAGCCCAGUUACUUGCAUGAGACGGGGAGACGGGGACCGGGGUUCACGGAGGGCGGAGAGGGACGGGCGAUGUCGGGAUCGAGGGGAUCGGAGAUCGUGGAGGUCGAGGAAAAUCUGGGCAGCGCGGAUGUCGGAGAGGAUCGGGGUCGGGAGUGGGGAGGGAAAAGGUCGGAGAGGUCAGGGGGGUGAUGUCGGGAUCGACGGGGUCGGGGUUCGUGGAGGGCGGGGGACAGACAAGGUUGGGAACGACGAGAUCGGGGUUCGCCGGAGUCGGGGAAGGAUCGACGGGGUCGGGGUUCGGGGAAGUAGGGGAGGGUCGGGGUCGAGAGUGAGGGGGGGGAAGCCGGUGGGGUCGGGAUCGAAGGCGGGGAAGGUAGUAUCGGUCCCGGGGUCGGGCUCAGGGACGGGGGAAGGUACAGUCGGGAAGCGAGAGGAGGGCGAUGUCGGGAUCGACGAGAUCGGGGAACGGACAAGGUCGGGACCGAUGGACUCGGGAAUCUCGAAGGGCGGGGAGGGUCAACGGGGAAGUGAGGGAGUAGAAGACGGUGGGGUCGGGAUCGGAGGCGGAGGAGGGAGUUUCGGGGGUCGGGUUCGGGGACGGGGGAGGAUCAGUCGGGACGCGGGAGAAGGGGGACGCGAGAGGAGAGGGAUGUCAGGGCGGGAUCGGGGCCGGGAUCAGAGGUGGGGUGUGAGGGACAAAACGGGGAAAUCGGAGGCGGGGGAAGGAGAGGGACGGAACCGGGGGAUCGGAGGGGCUGAGGUCGGGGACGAGGGAGGCUUCAGUCGGAAUACGAAAGGGGAGGGGAUGUCGGGGCGGGGUCGGGGCCGGGGUCUGAGGCGGGGUGCAAGGGACGGAUCGGUGGUUGAGGAGGGGGGAGAGGGGGAUCCACGAUCUUCGAGCCACCAACCUCGCGCGGGGUCUUCGAGUCUUGAGUUGUUGUUGUCACUUCCUUCAGGUCUUCUGUACAGCUCUGAUGUGAGCGCGACCUACUGGCACACGUGGCAGAGCAGAUGCACAAAAGAUGUUGAGCUGAGAAGUCACCUGCAUGCAAUAACACCGUGGGUGCCCGCCGCCUUCUGUAGAAAUCAGCUUGGCCGUUGUGAUUAGCCCUGCCCAAAGUGAGCCCGAGUGAAGCAUCCAAGAACAAACCGGUCAUUACCUA